AGCAGGAGAGAGACACAAGUCCAGCAUCCUCCAUAUCUCUCCUCUCACAGAACUGUUUUGUUGUGCGCUCCUGAACACCUGUCGUGGGGGAGAGAAAAAAGGCAAACAACUAAGAUUUCUCUGCGCGUUGAAACUCUCACUUCAGUUGUGAUGGAGUUCCCAACAGUUCCUUCAGAGGACUUUCGGGAGGUCUAUUCCGUAUCUGUCAUUCCUUAUUUGAAUGCAACAUUCCUGGAGGAUCUGCUGACUGAGUCCUCUAAAAGCAACCAAACCAGCGGAGUCCAAACCAGAAACACCACAGGUCUCAUCAUCGCAGUCUGCAUCACGGCUCUCUACUCUCUCAUCUGUGUGUUAGGACUGCUUGGGAACGUGCUUGUUAUGUACGGAGUGAUCCGGUACACCAAGAUGAAGACCGCCACCAACAUUUACAUCUUCAACCUAGCUUUGGCCGACGCUCUGGCCACCAGCACCCUCCCCUUCCAAAGUGCCAAAUACUUGAUGAACACUUGGCCUUUUGGGGAGCUCCUGUGCAAAGUGGUCAUCGCUAUUGACUACUACAACAUGUUCACCAGCAUCUUUACCCUCACCAUGAUGAGUGUUGACCGCUACAUUGCUGUGUGCCAUCCGGUGAAAGCCCUGGACUUCCGGACGCCUGCCAAAGCGAAGGUCAUUAAUGUUUGUAUCUGGAUCCUGUCCUCUGUUGUGGGAGUGCCAGUGAUGAUCAUGGCUGCUACCAGGGUGACGGAUAAAGGUAACACUGCCUGCAUGCUCAGAUUUCCUGAGCCUGAAUGGUACUGGGAUACAGUGAUGAAAAUCUCUGUGUUCAUUUUUGCCUUCGUGGUUCCCGUCCUCGUCAUCACCAUCUGCUACGGCCUGAUGAUCCUGCGGCUGAAGAAUGUCCGGAUCCUGUCCGGCUCCAAGGAGAAGGACAGGAACUUACGGCGCAUCACUCGCAUGGUUCUGGUGGUCGUGGCAGCUUUCAUCGUCUGCUGGACACCCAUCCACAUCUUCAUCAUCGUAAAGACGAUUGUGGAGAUCAACCACAAGAAUCUGCUGGUGAUGGCCAGUUGGCAUCUAUGCAUUGCCCUGGGCUACACAAACAGCAGUCUAAACCCCAUGCUGUAUGCUUUUCUGGAUGAGAAUUUCAAGAGAUGCUUCAAGGAUUUCUGUCUGCCGUAUCGCUCCCGCUCUGAGCAGAGCAGCUUCUCCAGGGCGCGGAAUAGUGCAAGGGAGCCUGUAUCUGUUUGUGUGCCUGCAGGGGUGCAGAGGGCGCCUGGCUGACUAAGCGUGGAUCAGUCAGAUGAGGAAGGGGGUCAGGAUGGACUGCUGACUGAUGACACACAGUACUCAACCACAGGAGUCUGAUUCUUUGACCUUCAAAUGAACAGUAAAUAGAGUUUCAGAAGAUCUUAGAAAUAUGCGAGUGCCUCUAGUCAAGGAAUCUUAAGAAACCAGUUUUUCCUCUUGAGCUCUGCAUGAGAUGCUAAUUUAAUUUAGGAAAAAUGUGGGAAUAAACUAAAAAGCUAGUAAUUUAGUUCCUUUUUAUAGAGAAUUAUUUUUUAAAGUCCAGUAAGUUUUAGUUUCACAAAGCCAGAGAUCAAUAUAAGGGGUCAGUGAUUGACCAUAACAUAACAUCAAGACUCUAGUAAUCUAGAAAUGAACAGGAUUGUGGUUAAAUGUUAUAUGGUAUCUGAUUUUUAAUGUGCAAGAGUUACUUUUUCUUCUGGAAGUUGUAGGGACCUGUAAAGGAUGGAGGACUUCAAAGCGGUUUAAUUGGACAGUAUCAGGAUCACUUUGUUUUCAAAUGUAAUCAUAUUUUUAAUAGAUGUCUUAAGAACAAUCAAAAGCUGUAAACUAGGUUGUAGCUUCAAGUGAAAUCUUUUUUUAAAAAUGCCAUUCGUGUUUAUUCUGAUCUUAUAUUUGAAUAAAACAAAAUCAGUUCCUUAAAAAAAAAUAGAUCAAACAGAAUAAAAAGACAUAAAUAGAGAACAUGUUCGCUCUGGAGAGUUUUGUCUAACACUGUCAUUAUACAAAUCUUAGAUAGAGUUUAGUUGUGUAAUAAUUUAUCGUAAUUGAAAAAAAAGGAAAGAACAUUCUUUAAGCUCUCUGGAGAAACCCCAUGUAACAUUAUGUGAAUGUAAGACAUUUUAUGUACUAUAUUUAGAUUUACUGAAUGUAUUCAGCUCUGUGACACAGAAGCAGUGCCGUCAUGAAUGCGUAGCAAUCACCUGUCAGCUCUCCUCAGCUUUACAUAAUGUAAUAUAUAUGGACUUGUAAGUUGCAUUUAUUAAGACGUAUCAAGGAUUGAGCAAAAUUUAGUGCCAAUGAAGACAUAACUGAGGGGUUGCCAUAUUUAACAUUGUGUACCAUAUAAAAUGAAAAGAUAGGAUAUUAUAAUAGCUAACUUUUAUAGCAAUGUGAAUUAUUUUUUGGCUUUUACUUAAUCAUGCUAUUGAAACAGAUGAGCUACAGCUGGGCAAAUAAAGUGUUGUGUCAUUUUUAAUACUGUAAAUAUGCAUUUUCUAGCUUAAAAAUAAUAAUAUAAUUCACAGUUACAUGUUUGUAUUAUUGGUGUGUCCGUAGCUGAUAGGAAAGUAUUUAAACUCAGCACAAAAAGUACAACAUUUGUGGUUGAUUCAUUAUUUGAGUCAUGAAAAUAAAUCUUAUUCUCUUGAAAUCUUGGCGGAAAACACAUUUAGGGGUUUGGAAGUAGAGCUGAUCCCAUGAAAAACUACUAAAUCCUCUGCAGCUGUCAGUAAUUCUCUAUUUGGUUUGGUUUAUGGGACUAGAGGCUUAAAGUUUGAAGAAAUAAAAACUUCUGAUUAUUCAGCCAUUUCUCAUUUGAUCAAAAUGGGGUCUUGUUGUGUGUAAGGAAUUUUAUACUGCCUCCAAAGCCUUGAACAUCCACCCUUUAGUGCUGGAAAGCAUCGAUUAAAAACAAAGAAGUUCUGCUUGCUUUCCAAUAAAAGCUCACUGAUAGGACUGAAUUGCUCUAGAAGAAAGAGGGAGGCAUUAUCUAUCUUUCUUU